GCCGCUGACCAUAGUUUCAUGCUCAGCGGGCUCUUCUCGUACGGGCGCCCGGAGGACGUCGCUCCGUUCAUUACGGACGACAAGCUCCACUUUGUCCUCUCGCGCUGGCUGCAAUCGUGGCUCGGCGGUGUGUACAUCCGACGUGCGCUCAGCGCGCACAUCAAAGUCAACGUGCUCCAGGUGGCCGUGUUCCUCGUGCCACCGGGCCUUGGCGCCGGCCUCAGUGUCGUGGACUUCGAGCUGCACGUCAAGGCGGUCGUCUUUGGCUUCUCGGUCGUCGCCCUUGUCGUUGUCUUGCAAAGCAUCGUGUUUCUGCUACGACGCAACCACUUGGCGCCGCGGCGCGGAACGCGCAAGAGCAUCGACGACACCGACACGCACGUGACCAACAAGCUCUUCUCGUCGCUGCUCCUCGAUAUGCUUUUCCCGCCCAAGCGGCUCCUCGACGAGACGAUUGGCCUCUCGCUCACCUUUUGCAUGGCCGGCCUCGUCAUGCAGCUCCUCUCGGACCGUGAUCUUGGUGCCUACGCCAGCACCUACGCCAACUGCGACAUUGUCGAAAACGUCUUGGGUUGGACCGUCUACGCCACGGCGCAAUAUCCGAUGAGCGCGAGGAGCCCCGUCGACGUCAAUACGUGGCGCGUCGGUGCGCCCACCGCACUCGACGACGUCCAGCGCGCGGUCUACGUCACGGGGCUUGCGGGGCUCGACUGGAUCUUCAAGACGGUGGUGCCGUCUGCUCUCACGGCUCGCUUAGUCGUGCGCUACUGUCUCUUCGCGACACCGGUACUCUUGAACUUUGGCGUACUUCCGCCGACGACAGCGCUCUUUGAGUACCUCGUGGAGCAGGCGCUUGGCAUUGGAUUCGGUCAUGUGCCGUGCGAAGACGCAUUUCUACUGCUCAUGUACGCCGUCGCCUACGCCGUGGCAACCGGGCUUAUCGCAGCAAGCACCUCGGCGCCCCUACCUGUCUCGCUGGGGCUGGCGGCGGCGCUCGGGCGGUGGCUUGCCUCGAGUCGUAUACGCUCGUGGAAUGAGACGCUAACGCGAGAGAUUCUCAUGACAACGUCGACCAAAGUCGUGCCAUUCUCGCCCGACCAUGAGCGAACCAUGGUCUCCGAAGCCGACUUGAAGGGCUCGAUGGGCGACGUUCCCGAGCUCUGGCGAUAUACGCUCUUCGACAGCGAUCGCGUGCUCUCAGCGCUGCGAUAUGCUUUUGUCAUGACGCUCUCUGCGGGAGCCGGCGCCGGUUUUGCGAGUAUCUCCGACUCAGAUCGGGACCAAUGCGGCAGCUACCUCCUCGAGCUUUUACUCGGUCUCUGGGUGGUCGUGCAACUUCGUGUUUUGAUUCCGACGUCGGCGCGAGUUCGUCGGUGGUCAUGCUACAUCCCAGACGGCCUUCUCAAUGCCGUUGGGUGGCUUCUCGACCGCCUCUUGCGCGUGGUGUUGUUGCUGCUGCUUGGCUGUUUCUUUGCCCGAGACGCCAUGUCGGCCACCUGCGCAUGGACACCGUGCACCGCCGCGUACAGCUCGAUUGCCAUGGUGCACGCGUACACGAUUUGCCAGCGCCACCCGUGCCGCGCAACCUACAUUAUGGCGCUCGCGGGUCUUGGUGCGCUUUGUGCGAAUCUGAGCUUUGCCAUCGCCCUCUUUUUGGCUGCGCUCGUUCCGCCGCGCUUCUGGCAUGGCCUCGAGCUCCUGCAAUACAUGCGCGUUGUGAUUUCCAGUACAGUGUUUGAGCCCAAACAGCGUUUCGACUACUGGAUCCUUGUCACGAUGCUGGCAACGCCGAUUUCGUUGGCCUCGUUGUUGGUCGCGACCGUCCUCGUAUCCCCCCUCUUUCCUUUCUGCGGUUCGACCCUCUUUCUCGCGGGAUUUCCGCGGCCCCGACGCUUCUGGAGCACAUACGAAACGUGGCACGACGGCGAGGACGCUUGCUACUAUGAGCACUUUUUCGAUGCGCUCACCCUCGAGCUGCCAUCGCUCUUGGCUCCUGCGUCGGUCUUGCACCAGCGGUCGCACCAAGGCGGCCACGACAUAUACCUCCUUCGCGUCGACAAUUUUCUCGGCCUUCUCGAGGUGCUCGAGCUCAGCACCGACUACUGCGUCGUGCGCUUUAAGGGAUUGGAGCUCCAGGAGACGACGAGCUGUCACCAUCUCGAAGCGUCCAAGCUCGACGAUGUCAUUGCCGACGCCUUUGACGAAGCAAACCCGAGCGAGGACGACGCACCGCACCGACUGCCGUCGCCCCGCACGUUUACCCCACUACUGCGGACGCCGAUUCGCAUGUACAACAUUUCCACCGUGACGCUCGUGGACUUUCUGGACGACCCGAAAUGCCUCGACCUCAUCCACGAGGCCUUUUACGUCACUUUGGUUUCGGAGCUCAACCGCGUGACGCACGGGUCGGUACCUGAGAUUUGGCUCUCGUUUCCCGUCUCGAUCUCGGGCUUGGAUUUCGUGCUCAAGGAGUUUCCGACGCUCUACUGGGACUAUUUGCAAAGCAAAAACAAAAAACAGCGACACUUUCAAAACCCCCGCGAUAUUCUCAAGGCCGAGGAAAUACCGGUGCCAACGCCAACGCCGCCAUCGCGCGAGCCGCGUCGGUCGUCGCUCAAGCUCGCCACCGACGCCAUUUUACGCCUCGUGACGCACCUCAAGCCCGUGCGAGCGUCUGUCUCGGCCGCGCCAAAAGCGCGACCGUCGGUGAGAGCCCGCGAAGAGCGCACGGCGUCGCAGAAGGAGCGUUUGGAAAUCGCGUACGGUCUCAACGACACGGAAGCCGCCAGUGUCGACUACGAGUCACUGGCAAAGCAGCGACCGACGGUUGUGCACGGGCGUCGGUCCUUCAUGUGGGGUGACAUUGAGAGCCACGAGGAAGCGUCGACGCCAUUUGUCAACCCCGGCGUCGCUGUCCGAGCGUCGUUUCUCAAGGACCGGUGGAACAAAGUGACGGAAUUCCACCUUCUCGCGGCGUCAUGUUUUGCGAUUGUCGAAACCCUUGGGUUUGGGGUCCACGAAAAGCGCGGGCCGAGCCAUAUUUUCGACUGCUUUCAGGGCCAUUUUCCGCGGUCCCUCGAGAACGACUGGCUCCAGGCGAACACAACCUUAUAUGAUGUUGUCGUGCGUGCGUACCGGCUUGCGGUCAAAAUGGGCCUCGACAAGUUUGCGCAAGGCGACACCGAUCUGUACGACACGCCAGACGAACUCGAAGCCACGAUCCAACACUACCAGUCCAAGUGGCACAUUGGGCCGCGUCACACCGCCACGUGGAAAUACUACAUCACGACGAACCGACCGAACCUCUUUGCCCUCACCAAGAACGCCAAUGGCCAGUACAUGUCGAAUGUCUAUACCCUUGGCCGGCAAGACGCCACGCUGGUGGCACUCAACCGUGCGGCGUGCGAAGGCACGUGGCAUGGCCUUGCCCUGGAGCUGCUCUACAUGACCAACGACGACGACGAGCGCUUCUCGAUCCAGUCCAAUGCACAGCUACUUCGCAACCUCCUCGUGCAGUCGGCGGACCCACCCUUGGGCUACCCUAUCUACUGCACUGGCGCCGUCUUUAUCAAGCUCUAACACUAAUCCUAAAGCUACUUUUUCGCUGCAUACGACGCAGAACGAGUAAUAGUUAGAUAUGUGA